AUGGCAUUGGUCCUCGCCUUCCUUGGCAUGCAGACUGCGUCCUUAGUUCAUGGCCUUCCUGCAUCGGAGACCGACGUGCUCACGACCGACUUGAAACGAAUGACGCUAGGCUUUCCAGAUCUUGAGGAAAGACAAGAUAUUCCCGACGUUCUGGCGAAGUUUCCUUCUGGUCCACUGAACCAAUUUCUCAGAAUAAUCAGCACUCUGCCAGCAGGCGCGGCAGCUCUCGACGCAGUCGGACUGGUCUUAACCCCUCUCCAACAGGGCCUCGCGGAUUCUGUCGGCAUCGACACAACGGAGGAUGACUUGGAGGAGAAUACAGCGUGCGCCGAUAUCACCGUCAUAUUUGCUCGGGGCACCACUGAGCCCGGAAACGUCGGACUCGUUACAGGGCCGCCAUUUUUCGAUGCUCUCAAUCAGCAGCGUGGGACCAAAACCGUUUCGAUCCAGGGUGUCGAGUACCCCGCGACCUUUGCUGGGUUCAACAAAAAUGGCACCGAGGGUGUCCCAAGCAUGGCGAACUUCAUCAAUGAAGCUGCCACAAAGUGCCCGAAUACCAAAAUUGUAAUGUCAGGCUACUCUCAGGGUGCUCUGGUUGUUCGGAGCACUGCAAACACUCUUCCGGCGGCUACCAUGGCCAAGAUCAACUCUGUUUUGACAUUUGGGGAUCCUGGCAACCCGAACGCCGUUACGGGCGCUGAGGGCAAAACUAAGAUCAUCUGCCAUGAAAAUGAUGCUGUUUGCAGUGGAGGCUUUAUCACUGUCGACCAUUUGACGUAUGCUGAAGAUGCGGACGCUGCUGCUCAAUUUGUCUUGCAGAUGGCAAGUGAAUCUCCUAAACGGGAAGAGAUCGUGAAAGAGGUCGGGAUGCCCCCCGCACUAAACGGCAUAGCUUACGACAAGGACAGCGAUGACGUUCCUGUCAUCGAGGACGCACGCGUCGGCCGCGCAGGCUAUACCGAUGACUCUACUUCAGCGGACGCUGACUUCGCGGCCAUUGACCCGCACAGCGGCGUUAAGCGAGGCCUCAAGACGCGGCACCUCAGCAUGAUGGCUCUGGCGGGCAUCAUCGGGCCGGGUCUCCUGAUCGGUGCGGGCGGCGCGCUCUCCAACGGCGGGCCCGCCGCCCUGCUCAUCGGAUUUGGCGUCAUUGGUGUCAUUGCGUUUAGCAUUAUGCAGAGCUUGGGCGAGUUGACGACGUUGUAUCCUAGCGGUGGUGCUUUCACUGGGCUGGCUGAUCGGUUUGUCGACAAGGCUUUCGGUGUUGCGCUGGGUUGGAAUUACUACAUCAUCUGGAUGUGUGUCUUGGCCAAUGAGUACAACGUGCUGUCGAGCAUUUUCGUCUUCUGGAGUGACAAAGUGCCGCUGUGGGGUUACUUCCUGAUCUUCUGGACACUCUUCCUUGGCUUCCAACUGCUCGGAGUCGAGGCGUUCGGAGAGGCUGAGUUCUGGUUGGCUUUGCUGAAGUUAAUUGGCUUGGUUGCAUACUUUCUCUUCUGCUCCACAUUCUACGCCGGUGUUGAGUCUGUCGCCGUCGCCGCCACCGAGACCAAGAAUCCUCGGGUCGCCGUGCCACUCGCGAUUCGCCAGGUGUUCUGGCGCAUUAUCUUCAUCUACAUGGGCUCUGCCUUCUUCUUCGGCCUUACAUGCCCGGCUAAUGCCGACGAGCUCGUGAACGGGGGCUCCCGAGCCGUGAAGAGUCCCAUGACGGUGGCUAUCCAGAACGCCGGCUGGGAAGGGGGCGUGCACUUGAUUAACGCCUUCAUCUUUGUUACAUGCUUAUCAGCGUGCAACUCGUCCAUCUACAUCGGAUCUCGCACCCUUCUGUACAUGGGACAGGAUAAGAAGGCGCCCAAGAUCUUAGGUAGGACUGAUAGCCGGGGUGUCCCCAUCCCGGCUAUCGUGUUCACCAACCUGUGUGGCGCGCUGUCCAUGAUGAACAUUAGCACAGGCGCUAGCAAGGCGUACUCGUACAUCGUUAAUCUCAGCGGUGUCUCGACUUUCCUCGUCUGGGGUUCCAUCUCUUUCAUCCACAUCCGAUUCAGACAAGCGUGGAAGGCUCAGGGCCAUGCGGAGAGUUCACUGCCAUUCGUUUCGUUAUGGUAUCCGUGGAACGCCUACUUCGGUUUGGCGGCAAACAUUUUUCUGGCUAUUGUACAAGGUUGGACCACCCUUGCACCAUUCGAUGCUGGAUCAUUUGUCGAUGCUUACAUCUUGUUACCCUUGUUUCCCAUAAUUUGGUUUGGAUACAAGUUCUGGUAUAAGACGCAUUUCUGGAGGGUGGGCGAGAUUGAUCUGAUGUCCGGUCGCCGACGCGAUCUGGAUGAGUCGCGAGAAAUUGAGACUGGAGAACGUGACUUGGACAGGCUACCUUGGUGGAGGCAGUUGCUCAAGAGCUUUUGA